CGCAGUCGGCGCGCCGAGCCGGGAGGAUGCUGCUGUCACUGGUGCUCCACAUGUACUCCAUGCGCUCCGUGCUGCCGGCCGCCGUGCUGCUGGGCACGGCCCCCACCUACGUGCUGGUCUGGGGGGCCUGGCGGCUGCUGUCCGCCCUCCUGCCCGCGCGCUUCUACCAGGCGGUGGACGACCGGCUCUACUGCAUGUACCAGAGCAUGGUGCUCUUCUUCUUCGAGCACUACACCGGGGUGCAGAUAUUGCUAUAUGGAGAUUUGCCAAAAAAUAAAGAAAAUGUAAUAUAUUUAGCAAAUCAUCAAAGCACAGUGGACUGGAUCGUGGCCGACAUCCUGGCCGUCCGGCAGGGCGCCCUGGGGCACGUGCGCUACGUGCUGAAGGACGGGCUCAAGUGGCUGCCCCUGUACGGCUGCUACUUUUCCCAGCACGGAGGCAUCUACGUCAAGAGGAGCGCCCGCUUCGACCAGGAGGCCAUGCGGAGGAAGCUGCAGAGCUACGUGAGCGCGGGAACCCCAAUGUAUCUUGUGAUUUUCCCAGAGGGAACCAGGUAUAACCCAGAACUAACAAAGGUCAUUUCAGCUAGUCAGACAUUUGCUGCUAAAGAAGGCCUGGCAGUGCUGAGACACGUGCUGACGCCACGGGUGAAGGCCACGCACGUCGCCUUUGAUUCUAUGAAGAAUCACUUAGAUGCGAUUUACGAUGUUACAGUGGCGUUUGAAGGCACAGUGGACGACAACGGGCAGCGAAGAGAAGCGCCGUCCAUGCUCGAAUUUCUCUGCAAAGAGUGUCCGAAAGUCCACAUCCACGUGGAGCGCAUCGAGAAGAGCGGGGUCCCGCAGGAGCAGGCGCACAUGCAGCGCUGGCUGCACGAGCGCUUCGUGCUGAAGGACAGGUUGCUUAUAGAAUUCUAUGAUUCACUGGAUCCGGAAAGAAGAAACAAAUUUCCUGGGAAAAGUGUUAAUUCUAAACUAAGUCUCAAGAAGACUUUGCCAUCACUACUGGUCCUAGGAGGGUUGACUGCGGGCAUGCUGGUGACCGAGGCCGGCAGGAAGCUGUAUGUGAAGACCUGGCUCUACGGGACCCUGGUCGGCUGCCUGUGGGUCAGCGUCCGAGCGUGAGGCCUCCAGGCGCCGCCCAGUGCGGCAGUGCCGUCAGCUGUCUCCCGGGGCUGACGCGAGUGUAAAUAAAGCUUGUUGGUGAACACUGGAUACAAUAGAAUUUCUCUCAGCCCGCGUGCAGGUGGUCUGGGUGCCCACGGCUCCCGGCCGGAGCCCCAGCUGCGGAGCAGAGCCUGCGGGGAGCUGCUGCCGGCGCCGUCUGCACGUGUGGCCUGCCUUCCGGCAGUGUCGGGUGGUGCCUGUCGCUGCCUGUGGUCUGCACGUGUGGCCUGCCUUCCGGUAGUGUCGGGUGGUGCCUGUCGCUGCCUGUGGUCUGCACGUGUGGCCUGCCUUCCGGCAGUGUCGGGUGGCUCUGUCGCUGCCUGUGGUCUGCACGUGUGGCCUGCCUUCCGGGCAGUGUCGGGUGGUGCCUGUCGCUGCCUGUGGUCUGCACGUGUGGCCUGCCUUCCGGCAGUGUCGGGGUGGCUCUGUCGCUGCCUGUGGUCUGCACGUGUGGCCUGCCUUCCGGCAGUGUCGGGUGGCUCU